AUGCCUCUGUUUACAGAUCGCCCCCUUCGUUCCACCGCUGGCGUUGCUGCGGCAUUGACUGUUGCCUACGUUAUCUCGUCUAUGACAUCUAGCAUGCAGGCUUUCCACUUGACGCAGACAUCGGUAGCCAUAUUGGCCAUAUCAUCACUACUCUUUUUGGUUACAAUGCACCAUAGGCGGGAGGGUCAUCUGUUGACACAGAGCCAAGAGGAAAUGGUCCUCAUCGGGGGCUUUGGUCUAUUCUUCAUGGUACUCACUGCCUGUUUCGUCGUCGUAUCCUUUCACAAAGCUGCGAUGCUGGCUUGGCGCGGGUCGCAAACAAGAAGUAUCGCUCCAGGCGCCGCUGGAGAGGUCGGGCUGUCUGCAGCCUCGGGGAGCAGCCGACGAGAUCCUGGCUUCACAAGUGGAGCGCGACCGUAUCCCUGUUCUCCUGACGAUGUUUACUGUGUGGUCGAAGAGUGGACGUUCUGGUGA